UAAUUUCAUUUUUUUGCACAAUCUUCCGCGUGCGCCUGCUGCUUCGGCGACUCGAGCUUCGCGGUUCGCAGGGAUGACGAGUCUGCACGGGGGCACGAAGGCCGAGUCGACUCACCACCGGCUCUACGAGUUCGCAAAAUCAGCACUCACCAGAAUCUUCGUCCACCCUUACGCCACGGUGUGCGAAUUGUACUGCGGCGGAGGAGUCGACGCCGAGAAAUGGGACGAUGCUCAAAUCGGCCAUUACAUCGGGAUCGAUGUUUCUUCUUCGGGAAUAAGCCAGAGAAGAGAAGCGUGGGAGAGCCAGAGGAAGGCUUACACUGCUGAUUUCUUUGAGCUUGACCCUUGCAUGGAAGAUGUGGAGAUGCAUCUGAAAGAUAAGGCAAACACAGCUGAUUUAGUUUGCUGCUUGCAGAAUUUGCAGCUGUGUUUCCAAACUGAGGAGAAAGCAAGGAAACUUUUGCUUAAUGUGUCAUCCUUAUUGAAACCGAGGGGAUAUUUUUUCGGUAUUACUCCUGACUCAUCUACAAUAUGGGCAAAGUACCAGAAGAAUGUUGAAGCAUAUCACAACAGAAGUGGUGGCAUGAAACCGAAUAUUGUCCCCAAUUGCAUUAGAUCAGAGAACUACAUGAUCACCUUUGAAGUUGAGGAAGAGAAGUUUCCUAUAUUUGGAAAGAAAUACCAAUUGAAAUUUGCCAAUGAUUUCUCUCCUGAAAAUCAUGUCUUGGUUCAUUUCCCAAGCUUCAUCAGGUUAGCUAGAGAAGCUGGUCUCGAGUAUGUGGAGAUUCAAAACUUAACUGAAUUUUAUGAUGACAACAGAGCACAAUUUGCAGGUAUGAUAAUGAGUUCGUGUUCAAACCUUGUGGAUCCUAGAGGAAGACUUCUUCCUCGAUCAUAUGAUGUAUUAGGUUUGUAUACCACAUUUAUAUUCCAAAAGCCAGACCCUGAUAUUACUCCACCGCUCAUGACACCAGUGCUGCACGAUGUAACUUACAUUCAAGAUGAGGAGAGAGAGUGGCAAGUGCCAGUGACAACUAUCUGGAGAGAUGAUGAAAAGAGCGUGCCUGUGGAGCCGCCUCCUGGCCUGGGCAAGAUUAGUGAACAGAAAGGGAUUUUGGGUCCUGGCCCUGCUGAGUUGCGUUUUUCCGAGGCACUUUGACCCCGUGGUUGAUGGAUGCAAGACGAAUGUGCAUGGAAGUACUGAUUAUUAACAUAGAGGAACCCGUGUUAUUGGCGUAAACACAUUGUAGCAGUAAGAGUAGUGUGUCCUGUUUAGAUCAUUUUUUUCUUUUCCUUUUGUGUGGAAUCUCGUACGCUUGGGUGGUAGAUUUUGUAAACGAGGUUAAGCGGAUGAAUGGAAUGAUUUUAUGAUUUGGAAA